AUGGGGCUGCUAAAGGUGAAUGAGUCUUGCUGUUUACUACUUGGCUUUACAGUUGACAAUUCUGAUGUAGAAAAUGGAACGAGUGAAAGAAGAAAACCAGGAAAAUCACCUGCUGUUUUGCUGCAGACUCCUGCCAGUGAAGUGGAACAUUUUGAUGAUGGGAAGAAAGUUGAUUUUGCUAGGUAACGAUCAGGAAUAUUGUCAGGACCUCAUAUUUCAGCUUUAUUAAAAAUCUUGCUUUUGACAGAUUAUCACGUUGUUGAGACACAGACUCACUUGAAAGUUUCAAAGACUGAAACAAAGUCUGUCCGUUCCGAUGCACGCGGUAAAUGGGUACCUGAAGGAAAAGCCAGAAACUGCCUUCGAAAUGCAGGUCAUUCUGAACCCUUAGGAUUCUUCCACAAAGUUAUCCAGAAGCUCUUGUCUCUGAACCACAUACUUAUAUUUUAUGCAAUUCUUGUCUGUGUUUUAAUAUUUUCUACCUUCUACAUGAGAUAUAAAAUCAAUGUCCUGGAAGAACGUCUUAUCUCCAUUGCAUCUUUUGAUUCACACGUUAAGGAACAUCCAGUGCGCCAAUGUUUGGAAUCUCACCUGCAGAUUAAUGCCGAUGCCUUCUGUGAUGAGUUAACUGCUAAUCUUAUGAAAUUGGAAAAGGUAACUUUGUAUGGUAUGAAGCACAUGCCAGUAACGCUCAUUAGGUUCUUCUUGAAUUUCUAUGGUCUGGUUUUUUGAAAGUGCCAAGGCAUUCCCAGAUUUCAUACUAGAAACUAGCAUGUUUUGCUAGAGGAUGCACUGUCUUCUUGGGCUGUAAGUUAGCCAACGUAUAAGCAUUGGUCUGUGUAGCUGUUUUGCCUUGAGCUGAGGCUCGACAUCAAAAUACUACUAGACCGAUCAGGCCAGGGGUGAUUAUUACAUUUAAUUAUCUUGAUUUUUUUUUAAUUCUGUCCAUCAGAGUUAAGGAUUCUAAAGUUAACAGGAAACUUCCUUAGCAGAAAAUUCCUUGUUUGGGGCCUUUGUUUGAGUUUUCGUUUUCUGAUUAAGAAAAGCUGUGCUGGCAUUCUUAUGGAGUCAUCCUCUUCAUACAAAAUGGCUGGAAUCCAUCUCUCUUCAGUAACACAAAUGCUGCUGCUGCACCAGCUGUCUAGGUCACUGUACCUGAACUUUGUCUGUGCCUUUAUUCUUCACUAUCCAAUAAUUGCAAGCCUAAAUGCACUUGCUGAAAUAGUAAGUCUGUGUAGAACAUGAGUGGAUGGGGAGAACUACUUUCCACUUCAUGAACUGUGGUGAGUUUGCCUUGGCCUACAGUCAGACCUACCAUUUCAGCAGCUCUCUCACUCCUCCCCAGCAGAACAGGGGAAGAAAAUAGGGUGAAAAGGACUGUGGAUCAAGAUAAAUGCAAAGAAAUUGCUUACCAGUUACUAUUACAAGCAAAACAGACUCAGCUUGCGGAAAAUCAGUAUAUUUUCAUUAGGUGGUGAGAAACAAAGACAAAUGUUAGAACAACACCUUUCCUCGCCUUUCUCCCAGCCUCAUCUUUUCUCCUGACUUUUCCUUCCCUGCCACCAAGCUAUUCUUGGGGUUCGGUGUAAGGAUUAUUGUUAAAUAUCAGUUUUCAAUCUGCCACUCCUUCAUUUCUCUUCUGCUCCAGUUGCAUUUUAUCCUGCACUGAUGUGGGCUCCUCCAAAGGCAGAAGUACUUCAGGAAACAUCCACCUGUUCUGACAUGCAUGGCCUCUCCAUAGCCUUCAUGGACACCUUCACCCCUCUUCUCCUGUCUCCUCCUUGGCCUUGAUGUUCCCUAUGCAGUUUCUGUUUUUCUCUCCUCUCUCCAUCUGAUGUUUUUGCUUUGUAUUCAAUGCAUUGAAUCAGUCCAUUGAAGCCUGCUGGAACAAGCUGUGCUUGGCACUGGGCAGCCUCAGCAUCAGCUCAUAGCUCACUCCACCACCAAAUCUUUAACACCUCUACCUGCUACUAAGCAGAUGGAACAGGUGUGUUGGGGAGAUGUCAGAAUCAACUGACUAAGCAUGAAAAAACUAAAAGGAUUAGUACAGUGAAAACAGAAGUUACUGAAAUUCCUGUGUGCUUAAAUCAGAUGGGGUUUUUUUUGCCUGUUUCUAAAACUGGGUUUUUGACGAAGUU